CACUCACUUUGCUUGUGUGCAUUUUUCAGUGUCGUAGCUGCUCAUUCACGGUGGUGAAAGAAAAGUACAUUCACGGUAUCGCUGCGCUGCUGGAAAACGAGUGAAAAUGUGCUAAUAUUUCUGCCCCAGGCCAUCGUAGCUUGGGCCACAACAAUAGUACGGUGUCGAAAAUCGGUGAAAAUGACAAUUUCAUACGUUUAGAAUUCGCGUUGGAUGUUUGGAGGGUGCCUGCGUGUGUGUCUGUCUUUAUUGACGUGUGCGCCAGUUAGUUGGAGAGAAGAAAUUGAGCAAAGUUCGCGUUUUGUGAUCGUGUUCUCUCACGGACUGAAGCCAAAUCGAGAGAGCAAAUGUUGUGUCCGGGUCAAACUACGCGGAGAAAAUACGUCCAGAAGCAUUUUCGAUGUGUAGCGGCAGCAUAGGCUACUGUGGUUAUGUGCUGGAAGGAAUGAAAAAAUCAUACACGCAGUAAGAAUACGGGUGCAAAAAGCCGUUUUCGAUGGCGCAUCUUGUUCUUCCUUGUUUUUACGUAUCAUGUGGGCAAGGCUGGAAUUAGGUGAUCAGCAGUGAAUCCAAGUGAUUGUGAAAUUGCAAAUGCCGAUUACGGUAGUGAUGGUGUUGGUUUGGAAAAAUAUUUUGUGAAUCAAGAGCAUUUUAUGCUAGCGAAGAGUGUCCAUAAGUGUGUGCGAUAAGUUGGUGUAAAACUUUUUUUGUUGUUGUCUGCAAACCAAACCGGUCGUAGCUCUAGAGUAAACCAUUUUUCGUAAACACAGUCGACGGAAAAGAAAAGAAGAAAACACAACCCAGAAGAGAGCAUACGAAGAGACAGCGAGACAGCGAGCCAGAAAACAAAUAUGGCCGUUCGUUCGCCAGCAUCACCGGCUCCAUCAUCGUCGACGCUGUCUGUUCCGUCGUUGGGGACAGCCAGGUCAUCGAUGCAGUGAACAGUUUCCCUGCCAGAAGGGAAGCUCAACGUGCCGGGGAAGGAGAAAAGCGAGAGGAGGAAGCGGUAUUGUUCAGGCGCAUAGUUUAAAAGAUGCCUCAGCGGUUUCUGGUAGAUCGAUGGAAUCAAAGACUUUCGAGUAAUCUGCACGACAGCGAUUCCUACUGCAAAUUAUUGCCACUACAGUCAAGAUGCAUCUGCAUACGCAAGUCGUCUUGAUAUUAACCCAGCUGUUCCUCAUUGUACGCGUGACGGAUCAGACAAAAUGUGCCCUAACGUCCUCGUACGGUACCGUCUCGGUGAGCUAUUUCGCGACGUUACCGUCGUCCGCCCAGGAAACGGACGCCGAAGACAUCGACGUCGAUGCCGACGUUGGUCGCCACCGGAUCGACCUGACGCCGCUGGUACCGACGGCGGACUCGCCGCCUCAAUCCGAUUAUCCAACCUACAAUGAUGGCACCGAAUAUGUAAAUAGCUUUCUAAAGGUGCUGAGCUGUUCCGACACGAGCUUGCGGGCAGUGAACGACGAGUAUCUGCGACCAGUCGACUCGUACAAGGGCAUCCUGCUUGACCGGGUGCCGGUGCAGAACCCGUCGGCUGACCAUCUGGCGCUGAAGAACGAGAACUAUCUCGAGAUAGUGCGCUGGCGCGACAGUAACGUCACCGAGCAGCAGGUGGCCUUGACCUUUGCCCGGGACGAGCGGAAGUUCAGCAACCUACUGAUACUAGACCUAAGCGCAAACUUACUUAGCACGAUAAGGAGAGACUAUUUUAGCAGACUGGAGCGGCUCAAGCUGCUGCAGCUAUCCGCGAAUCAAUUACACAAUCUUCCGAGUGAUAUUUUCAAUGAUCUGUCGAACCUGGUCGAGCUAGACCUGCACGGCAAUCGGGUCGGCGAGCUGCCCCUGCACCUGUUUCGGCCCCUCGGCAAGCUGCGGGUGCUGAAUCUCGCGAACAACACGAUCCACGAUCUUCCGCGGAACAGUUUCGCCGGGCUGGGCAACCUGACCGAGCUGCAUCUCGCGCACAACCGGCUGUACGUGGUGCCGUUCCAGGUGUUCAAGGAGCUACGUUCGCUCGAGGUGUUGGACCUGUCGAGCAACAUGCUCGUCUCGUUUCUGGACAACUUUUUCCUGCUCAACAAGCAACUGCGCGUGCUGCGGCUGAAUGGGAACAUCAUCGAGAAGAUCUCGAAGAACGCGCUGUACGGGUUGCGCCGGUUGCAAUCGCUCGAUCUAUCCGGCAACAAGCUGGUGUUUAUCGAUCGCAACGCGUUCGACACGCUGGACGAGCUGCGCUACCUAAAUGUAAAUCAAAAUCAAAUUUACAUCCUACCGUCGACCGUGUUUUCGGCUCUCCGGUCGCUCCGAUCGCUGGAUCUGAGCAACAACCUGAUGCGUUCGCUGCCGAACUCGAUCUUCGCCAGCCAGCACAGCCUCGUACGGUUGCAUCUGGACGCGACGAACCUGGAAUCGCUCAGCAACUGGGUGUCGCGCAACAAUCACACGGUGAACAAGGAAAUUCUGCGCAACCUGCGCUACCUAUCCAUACGCAACAACACCCGACUGAAGGAGAUCGAACCGUGCGUGUUCCGGAACGUGCCGAACCUGGAAACGCUGCUCCUUUCGAACAAUAGACUGACAAGCCUGCCGAAGGAAAUUGGGGAGCUGCGAAGGUUGCGCUACCUGGACGUCGGCAGCAACGACAUCAUGUACAUCCCGGAGCAGAUCCGCACCCUGCACGAGCUACAGUACGCGAACUUCCUGGACAAUGAUUACGGUUGUGAUUGCCACAUGUACUGGAUACUGAGCUGGAUCGAUGAACUGCAGGCAGAAAACAACACGCAGAAAAUCUACGACCUGCUGCGGCUGUCCGAGCUAAAGUGUCGCAACGGCUAUCCGGGCGAUAUUGUGCGCGUGCUGCAGCACAUAAGCUGCUUCAAACCGGAACUGCUGCAGGCUUCCGACAGUAGGAUGCAUCUGCUCAAGUCGGACGCCGUGUUGGAGUGUGUGUUUACCGGCAAUCCACCGCCGGACAUAAUCUGGAUAACGCCCAAGAACGAAAUUUUGCGCCACAGUCAGGAGCAGGAUCAAAAGUCGCUGCUGUUCGAUUCGGAUGACGAUUCGGGCAACGGUGGCGGUAGCCGGAAGUAUCAGCAAGCGGUAGAAUUUCAGAUGCUCACGAUGGACAACGUGACGGGCGAUGGGCUACACGAAGGGAUAACGCUGCUUGAGAAUGGGUUCCUGCGAAUCCACAACAUUUCCCGGCGCGAUAGUGGGCUGUACACGUGCUAUGCUAUUAAUAUCAUGGGCAAUGCAACGGCCGAUAUUCGUCUCUACAUCGAUCCGAUCGUGUUCUACCGGGUCAAGAUAGGUAGCAUCAUUACCGGUGCAAUCUCGGCCGCCUCCUUCCUGGCGCUGACGCUGAUCUUCCAGGGCAUUCGGCGCAUUUUCAUCCGCUUCCGGAUACUCGAUCUUAUCUGCCAGAACUGUUGCAGUUACUGCUACAAAAAUGAUAAAACGUCCUCGAAGGCGCGCCAGAUUUAUGCCAUGCUCGACAACAUCGAACACUACAAGAGCCAGCAGCUGGAGCGUUUGCGGGAUAACUACACGCAACAGGUACAUCGCAUCAAGGACAACUGUGCCCAGCAGGUCGACUGGAUACAGAGCAGCUACUCGACGCAGGCGAAACAUUUGCGCGAAAUUCGUGACAUCGGAACGCAUCAUAUCACUACACUGCGCGAUCAGUACUACGAUCAGGUACGCCGUGUACGUGACUAUUCCACCGGUCAGCUGACCUGGGUACGCGAGAACUACGUGUUCCAGCGCAACAAGAUCCGAAAGUUCAGUGCACACCAGGCGCUCCGGCUGCGCGAAGGUUACAAGUACCAGCAGCAAACGCUCAACAAGGUGCUGGAAAAUUUGCCCAGCUUUUACUUCGAAAACUGCCGUGGUCGCAACGAAGAGGAUGAAGAUUUCGACGGCUUUGAGGUGUAUCUGAAGGCAAAGAUCGAGAAGCUGUCGCAGAUGGAAGGCAACGAAAAUCCCCCAGCGAAGGCGUUGGGUGCGGACUACGCGCUUAAAUAUCUCGAAAACUUCUCCACCAAGAGCGUCGACGAGAGCAAAGCGUCGGUGUACUUUACGCCGAACGAUGACGACCAGGCCAGCCCGGAACCGCAGAUUUCGCCCAUCCACAUCAACUACCUUAAUGGGCGCCCGGCGCUGGAUGAUGGCGAUGACGAUGAGGAGGAGGGAGGGAUGGCGGCCGCGAAGCGCCACUUCGGUGCUGCGCUGCUGGCAGCCGGAGACACACCGAAAUCGUUUAAAUCCAUCAUCGGUGGGGCGGGUGGUUCGAUCGGCGGGGCUAGCGCGGACAUACCGCUGAAGUCGAUCAUGAAACCAACGACCCGGUUUAUGUACGACAAGCAUCUCGGCAAGUAUCGGCUGUGCCAUCAGCAACCGAACCGCUUGAGUGGUGGGUAUGCCCAUGACGAUGAUCUUACCGUGCCGGACCACCUUGCCGGCGGAAUCAUCGGUAGCCCGCUGCUGAUGGACGUUGGACCGGUGAACGGUGGGGUAGGUGCGCUGCAUUACAACGACGGACUGGUCGACGGUGGCGGAGUGGACUCGGCCGAUGACGAUCAUCACAACUACAGCCUUAAGAACAAUCGCAAACAUCGACGCAAGAGGAAAAUCUUGCUCGGGUGUAAGGCAGGGCCGCUGAACGGCGGCGGUGGCAGUGGUACCGGAAGCGGUGGGUCCGGUUCGGCGAGUGCCUGCGAGUAUGAGACGCUGCUGAUGAAAAACUUGAGCCACGAUCCGCGCGAAUCACACUACAAAAUCAUUCACAUUAACAAGCUGAACAGUGGCGUGAGCAAUAGCAACUAUUUUGGUGGUAUGCUAAGCUCGGCGCCUUCGUGCGGUAGCGGAUGGAUGGCAGGACGAGCGGUUAGCCGUAGGCAUCAUCGUCCGACGCCGGCCAUGUCAGCGGCUGCGGCUGCGGUCGCUACCUCCUCCCUGACGGGAGAGAACGAUUACUACUACUCGCUGGAGGACAUGAUACAGGACAGCAAUCAGAAGAUACGGCAGUUGAUCUACGACUCGAAGAUUGACAUUAUGAACGAGGUGAUCAACACCGGGGGAGGAGUGGACACCAGGCGGGCGAUGGGUGGAGGCGCAGGAGGUUCACGUGCCCGCCACAGUACCGGUGAAAACAAUAGCAAGAGCAUCAACAAUAUUGAUGGUGCCGGAAGUUCUGGUAUUGGUAGAGGAAGGGGAGGAGGAGCAGGAGGAGGAGGAGGCGCAGCGAAUGGUAACGGGCCGGGGGGAGCGCAGAGUAUGGUGGGGCUGGCGCAUGGUAGCAACAUUCCGCCCGAUGAGUACGAUCUGUGCUGCAGUAGCAGCAGCAGCAGCAGCCGCAACAACAGCUGCAGCACCAGCACCAACGCUAGCCGGGACAGCUACAAGCAGCCAGCCCGUAACCAUCCUCAGCACCACCACCACCACCAGCAUCACCGUCAAUCGACGACGCCGGCGGACACGGUGGUAACGCUUGGCCGGGCGGGCACUACUUCCUCCGGAUCGCCGCCGACCGGUGCCCCGACCACAAUUGCGCUCGCAACGACACAAAGCGGAACGGUGGCAGGUGCAGCGGGUGGAUCCGGAGCUGGUGGUGGAGGAAUUGGAGGUGCAGCUAACCAUCAUCCGGUGAAAAAGAUUCACCAGCUACACUUCAACUCCAGCACGAAUCGAAUCCAGCAAAGCACCAGCCUGCCGGAGAUUUACUUCGAUUCGGUUGUUGCGCCCGGUGCCGCAGCGAACCGAAAGAACGGGCCGUCGUCCAUGGCCGAUCCGGGUGCACCACCGCCGGGAUUGGGUUCACCGAACCCGAGUGGUUCCACCAUUUCGUCCGCAUUUUCCAGCGCAUCGGGCUCGAUCGGAAAGCCGGAACCGGAACCGCCGCACCAGCCGGCGAAAGUGCACGGUGGCAAACAUGUGAUUUUAGCGGUAGAAAACAAGGAAUGUGCCACCGGCGGUGGUGGCGGCGCCGGUUCGUCAAAGUCCACCUCCCCAUCGCCACCUGCAUCGUCGUCCGUGUCCCCAUCACCACCAGCGUCGCCUAUCGAGUCAAAUAUCAAUAUUAAUGAUAAUAGUAGUAUUUGUAGCAGUACGAAAAGCAAGCAUUAGUAGGUGAAUGUGAUUGUUGUGUUGUUGUGCUGUUGGCUAGAGGGGGAGUUAGAGAGAGAGAGAGCGAGAGAGAGAGAGAGCGAGAGAGAGAGAGCGAGAGAGAGAGAGAGCGAGAGCGAGAGCGAGAAAGAGAGAGAGAGCGAGAGAGAGAGAGAGAGCGAGAGCGAGAGCGAGAAAGAGAGAGAGAGCGAGAGCGAGAGAGCGGGAGAGAGCGAACGCGAGAGAGAAGAGCAAAAGGAGUAGUGAAUGUGUAUUUGUGUUUACAAACACUUCUACGUGCUACGCAACUCGUUCAGCAUCCCAAACAAGCUCAGGAGCAAGAAGUGCAACGGAAACCAACACAAGAUGCGCGUAUGUUAGUUUGCAAUUAAACCACUAAUACAUAUUCUCCCAACAUCGGUACCAAACCCAAAAUGGCUCUCGUGUGUAGGAGAAACAGCGUGUCAGGAUUACAGGGUUUCCCGAGGAUAUAGUUGACAAGUUUGUUGAGAUUUUCCAAGUGAGUUAUACAGAGCACACAUCAUACGGCACGUUGCUAUUGGCAGCCAUUUUGAAGCUGAUUUGAACAUUGAAAUGUCCGGUGGUCGGCCACAACGUAAUUUUCCAAGCAACCUAAACCUCCAGAUUUGUUGCUGGAAGUAAAGUAUUCGCUCUCAGUACGAGACUUUUCAAUCGCCGAGAUGCGAUCGACGGUCACUUGGAUCGUGGAUACGUGGUUUUGGAUCGAAGCAGGCGUGGGUUUCAAGGGGAUGUUGCACUUUUAUGUGCUCUCGGCGAACGAAGUCUGUUCCGAGGGCGGAUAUCUCGAUAAGCUUAUGAAUUUUAUCCUCGGAAACCCUGAAAGCCUGCUACAAACCUUCUAUUUGAUGCAGUGCACGAUCAGCAUGUCAAGCUGAUUAUCCUUCACGAGAUUUCAGCUUGCUUGAGAGUGCGUGUGCAGCAUGUGCGCAUGUGUAUUGGUGAAACGAUGUCUCUGUGCGCUUGUUGGUAGCGACUAAGCAAACAAAGACAAAGGACAAAAAAAAACCCUUUCUGUUUUCUUCCCGGAGAAAAUGUAUCGUUGUGCUCUUCCUCCUCCCCUCCCUCGAUUUCCCGCCAUCUGCGUCACACAAAGAAAGCCACACAGCUGCUACCACCACCACUACUACUACCACUACAAUGCGAAUGCGAUUGUGAGCAAGUGAAGGAUAAUACUAUCAUUAUUACUAUGAUUACGAUUCUAUACAUAUACAUACCUAUAUACCAUACACACAUAUAUAUAUAAAUAUACAUCUAUAUCUCUGUUUAUAAUAUAAACUAGGAAAAAGAAAAUGGGGCGUGUAACCAAACUGGGGGAUUGGGCGCACGAUGGGAACACACGUGCUGAAAGUGAUAGAAUUUCAAAUGGGAUCUGGGCUAAUACAAAAUAGUACAUUACAACAAAUACAGAACAGAGACACACCCUUUUAUUACUUACACCCUCGGGGAAAGCAUGAUGCAGGUGUGCAUGUAAAGGUGGACGAACGAAAACAGGGAGAGCGAAUUAUAGUAGAUCAAGAUGGGUUUGGACGGCUGAAGUAUAUAUGUUGUGGGGAGAACGUUUGGAAAGAAGGGAAACACACCACACACACACACUCAGAUAGACAGCCGCGCGCACACACACACACACUGAAGAAAGGGUAGCCAAGACAGGACAAAGCAGGGAUUAGAUGUGGGGAGGUGUGUGUGUGUGUGAGCAAACGUGUGUGAGUGUAUGACCGUAUUAUGUACGUAUGUGUGUGUGUUACAUGAAACGAAGAUAUGUAUUAGAUCUUUUUCAUAUUAAUUAGAGAACUCAUUUUAGCACUCAGUAAGCCAGAUGGCGCAUAUGACGGAAAUUACCUUAACUCACACACACACACACGAACAAACAAAUUGAAAAUUCAAAUUCACCUUAUCGGAAGAGAUAGUUUAUACUUUGAAAACAAAACCCAAACUAAGAAAAAAAGCUAACCUUCCUUUUGCUUCUCACACACACACGUGUAGUAGGCGAAACAAACAAAAAAGACGCAAAGCCUGCUGCUGUUGGUCAGCUUUGAUUGUGUGUGCCCCGGUAACGGAGCAGUGUUACAAAUAAAAUACACUGCACACGAUACAAACCACGGCGGCAGUUUAACAAUUCUUAACGAAUAUAAUUUAAAAAAAACACAAAAAAAGGAAGAAAAGGAAAAACAUGAGUAGGACGAGUUUUGUUUUAAAAGAUAAAUUUUAGAAAGAGAGAGAGAGAGAGAGAGAGAGAGAGAGAACGGGAGAAAGAAAAACUAUGUAGCUCAUUAUUCAUACAAACAGGAAACAAAACACAGAUGGACAAAACACAAGUGAAAAAAUAACGAAAAACUACUACUAAGAAAAAACAAAUGAAGUCAAAUUGUUGCGCAUACAUACAAGGGAAAACAGAAACCUGAUAACUAUAAAACAUGAACAAGAGAAAAAAUAUAUUGACAAUGGAAUGUUACGAGAGGAGAGCUACCUACCCAUUCAGAAUCUGCAAAAAAAAACACUGUUCGAUGAGACCGAUAAGGAUAUGACCGUUACUAAACCUACCAUUACCACUACUACUAAUACCACUUCACUGACUAUGGAAAAUGCGUUUGAAUAUUACUAUCAUUAUCGCUCGAUUGGUUUUGAUGAACGACGCCUAUUGGUUUGAAACAAAAAACGAAGCACGAGUGGGUGAAAGGAAAAUAAAACUCAAGUAGGCAUGAGAAAAGUGACAAAGGGAAAGCAAGUAUCAAAGCUGACAUCCGGUAUCCAUGGUAGCAUUUCAAACUCAUGUAAAACACACAACCACAAGCAAGCGUGGUAACGAAAGAACUUGGGGCAGAAUUCUUUCGAGACAGACUACAAAACCAGAAAACCAGAUGAUUUAAUAAAACUACAAAUAAUGAAACAGUGCAGGACAAACUAAAAAUCACCCUUCCCUUCUCCACCACUCCCUCUACCCUUCCCCUCAUAUUGUAGAAAGUAAAACAAAAACAAGAGAAAUGGGAAAAUAUAUCACGAAAAUUUAAAUAAAACUCAAGACUCUCAGACUGUUCGGAA